AUGUCGAUAGACCCCAUCAUCACCUUCAAAGCAGGUAUCUGCGAUCUGGAUGCCUCUGCCACCCCAGCCGCGGUGGUGCCGAAGCCGACCCCGGGAUAUAUUUACCUCUACUCGGAAGAUGAGCUGGUACAUUUCUGCUGGCGCCCUCGUAGCGCCCCCCUGGACGAGCCCGACCUCGACCUGGUGAUGGUGCCCUCGGAUGGGAGCUUCACGCCCUACAAACCCGGCGGCAAGGAUGCUACAAACGGCCGGAUUUUUGUUCUCAAAUUUUCCUCCAGCUCUCAGCGAUAUCUCUUCUGGAUGCAAUCGCGGUCGCAGCAUGAACAAGGCGACCCAAGCUGGUUUAGCCCGCGGGAUCUGAAGCUCGGUGAGAUUGUCGAUGUGCUUCUGCAGGGUGAAGAGGUGGACGUCGAGCACGAGAUUGCAAACCUGCCCCGUCGGCCAUCGGGCGGCGAUGACGAUGAGACCAUGGAGGACGUGGAGGGCGUGGACCAUGACACAACCCACAACCGUGGCGGGAGCAGUGGUGGCGGCGGCGCUGGCCCGGACGCGACGGGGGGUGACGUUCGGGAAGAAGGCCAAGGAUCAAGAGAGGGCGGUGCCGACGGUGGUCGAGCCGCGACUACGGGCUCCGAUCCGUCGUCGGUAGUCAAUGACUUUUUGAAGUCCUUGGGUGGCCGUGCGCCGGCCCAGGACCCCGAACAACCAUCUACAACACUCCAGGACCUGCUUCCUCCGUCGACCACUCUGCCGUUCAUCGAGUCGGCCAACGCCACCACCGCUGAUCAUCUCUUGAAUUUCUUACCGCCUGCGCUGCUGCUGUUGGCCCAGGGCAAUGCCGAGGCCUUGGAAGCUGACACUGACCCCGAAUUGGCCCAAGCGGCUCUCCUGUCCCUCGACCUCCCCCAAAAGAAAGACAUCCUGCGCCGCGUGCUUCGUUCGCCGCAUAUCAGCGAGGCUCUUGAGAUUCCUGUGGCUAAUGGCGGGUUCAUGCGCCGAGGCGGAGUGCCCUUGGGCGGCGGGGAGGCUGUGGAGGCGUUUCUGGAUGGCGUUCGACAGCAUGUUAAGCAAAAGGACUCUGAUCCCGGUCAGAUGGAGACCGAUUGA